GUGAGCGUGCGGCUCUACUCCCAAAUAUCUCACAUCCUAACCGAUAUCACCGAUAGCACCAGCAACCAACCAGUUAUGUGUUUGCCUAAUGCAAUUAACUACUGAUUUGAAAAUUCAGCGGCGAUAAUUGAGUUCGAAAUCAGCCGAAUACACUAAAUGGAUUGAAAGUGUCGCAAUAUCGCAAUAAGUGUUUAGCUAGUGUUUUGUGUGCUUAGUGUUGUUUCUGUGCGAUCCAAGGAUUAGAGACGUGGACGAUGGAGCACGACAGCUUCGAUGAUCCCAUUUUCGGGGAGUUCGGCGGCGGCCCGCUGAACCCACUGGGCGCCAAGCCCCUGAUGCCCACCUCAACGGCCAUGCAUCCCGUGAUGCUGGGCAGUGUCCACGAGUUGUGUAGCCAACAGCAGCAGCAGCAGCAACGACUGCCCGACUGCAACACCAUUCUGCCGAAUGGCGGAGGAGGUGUAGGAGCAGGCUCCGCCGCAGGAGGAUCGCCCAACUAUGUGACCAAGUUGGACUUCGUUAAUAAGAUCGGCUGCUACUCGCCCAGCCAGAAGUACGAGUACAUCAGUGCACCGCAGAAGCUGGUGGAGCACCAUCAACACCAUCAGCACUAUACGGCCACGCCCCCGCCCAGCCACAAUGGCAUCCUGCUGCACAAGCAGUCCUCCCAGCAGCAGCAGCAGCAACAGCAGCAGCUGGUGGGCAUCCUGGACUAUCAUCCACUCAACGGCAAGCUGGACUACUCCUCGUCGCCCAAGGAUCAGUAUGAGCCGCAGCAGCAGCAGCUGCAGCAUCUCUACGGCGGCAGUCCGCAUCAUCUGGACCAUUUGGAUCAUGGCAGUGACGGCUUGCUGCAGGACUCCUCACCCGUAAUGAUCAACGGAGGAUCCGCAGGGGGCAAGCUCAAGAAGCCCGAUGAGAUGUGCUCGCAAUUGGAGGCGGGUGGAGCUGGAGUUACUCCCCCGAGCAGUUCCUCCACGGUGGUUAAUGGCACCACCAAUGGCACCGGCAACACCAACGCCUCCUCCGCCGUCGUCGGCGUUCAGGGGGCGGCGGGCACAGCGGGAGGCGUGGCAGCUCCUGCUCCAAAAAAGGACGGAAGCGGCAGCAAGAAGAAGGGCGAUCCCAAUGGCAUCAAGAAGAAGAAAACGAGAACCACCUUUACUGCCUAUCAGCUGGAAGAGUUGGAGCGAGCCUUUGAACGCGCUCCGUAUCCGGAUGUUUUCGCCCGCGAGGAGCUGGCCAUCAAGCUGAAUCUCAGCGAGUCCCGGGUGCAGGUGUGGUUUCAGAACCGACGGGCCAAGUGGCGCAAGCACGAGCCGCCGCGCAAGACGGGCUACAUCAAGACGAGUACUCCGCCGACGGCGACGCUCAAUCCCGGAACCCUAGCCCCGCCGUUCACCAGCUAUCCGCAGACCACGACGGUCACGCCGCCGGGCAGCAUGGACAGCUGGACCAGCUACCAGACGCCCUACGAGCUGACGCCCCAGUUCAGCCUGCUCUCGCCGGCGGCCAGUCCGUAUGGCACCUAUUCCGGCCAGUACGGUGCCUAUGUGCACGAAAGCCAGCUCUUCCCGAUGCGGCACUACGAGUACGGCAGUCCCACGCGCAUGGAAAUGGGCGCCACAUCCGGUUCGGUGGCCGGAAACGGAGAUGAGGCGGUGCCGAAUGGCGGAAGCUAUCAGCCGGCGGAACUGCAGAACGCCCAGCAGCAGCAGUUGGCCGACGGCACCCUGGUCACCGUCCAUGCCCACCAACAACAGCAGCAGGCACAGCAGCAGCAACUCAAUGGCAAGUACCUGAGUGCCGAGGAGGCCAAGUACGUGCACCUGCAAUGCCAUCAGAGUGGAACCGGCUUGGAGCUGAGUCCUGGCGCCAGCUGUCACCUGGUGGAGGCGCAGGGCCAGCACUAUGUGACCACGGCGACGGGGGGAGCUGCGUCCGCAGGCGGGACUAGCAGCGAUGACAACGACAGCGGCGGCAUGCAGACUGUGAUCAAGAGCGAGGAGGUCGCCCAGCAGCAACAGCAGCAGCAGGCACAGAGCUACGUCCUGCCGCCUUUUUUGCACUGAGAGAAAUGCUCACACACCGGCGACAGCAACAGCAACAACACCAGCGACGCUGGGCCACGCCCACCAACAUGCCGAGCGCCCGUUUCCGGCGGCCAUUUUGAAGGGCCGGGGGCGUGGAGUGUGCAGCAUUUCCAAUUGUGCUCCUCC